AUGGCAGAUUCUCAAACGGAUUUCGAUUAUGCAGAGAAUAACUCUUUGGAAAUCGUUCCAUACCAAUUUGAACCUCUUGUACAAAACAACUACCCGAAUACGAUCACGGAAACAUCAAGCUCCGAGGACGACCUAGAAAAUGGUGGCACGGAAGAAGAACAUCCCAGUGGACGAAUUGGAAAUACAGAAUGGUGCAAAUGUGGGAGUUGUGUCAGCAUGGACAAGGCAGCUGAGGCAAUAUGUUGCAGGGAGAUCGAAGCUGUUGAGAAUUUAUUGGGAGAAGAAGGGGUUAAUUGUAUUACAGCUCAUUCCGGAUUUCGUAGUUGCUGUCUUAACAUGCAUUCAGUUCGUGUGGCAAUAGAGAUUUAUUCUCAGUAUGUUGGACCCUUUGAUGGGACACAACCACCGCAUGAAACCUAUCGCCAUGUUGCAUAUCGGCAGCUUGCAAGAUUCCUCUAUGGACAUCUUGGACGUCAUAACCGCCGAGUUCACCCUUCCUGUGCAGUAGCUGCAAUAAGAAGAGCUUUCCCUGGACAAUCGUAUGCUGGAUUCUAG